CUAAGAUUGCUGGUAGACGUUGUUGGGUAUAAUAUAAAAUAAUACAAUGAUGUUUAUGUCUCUGUUUACUGUGUUUUCGGUAUUUUUUCAUAUCAGUGACAGUGCUAUUAAUCCACAGAGAACGCAGUUAUCGUGUGCUCAAAUAAAGCAGUUCGUGGACGGACACAACGUUCGUCGUCAACAGGUGGCGCGCGGCGCCGUGCCGCGGCAGCCUACGGCCUCUAAUAUGAAGUACAUGGUAUGGGACGACGAACUUGCAGAAAAAGCAGCGAGUCGGGCUGAACAUGGAAUUUUCGGCCACAGUCAAACGAUUGUUGAGUCACAAAGAUGGAGCCAGAUUGGUGAAAAUAUGUUUAUAAAUAACAUCCCAGAGCCGUCCCAUGUACCUAACAUCGAGGAAACCUUGGACUUCUGGUUUGACGAGCACACAAAAUACAAUUUUGAGCCAUACGGCCUAACUUUGCCCCCUGGUAUCGGACAUUACACACAGAUGGUUUGGGCCGAAUCCACCCACGUUGGCUGCGGGAUCGCGCAGAAGAAAGAAGACGGAUGGACCACUACGAUGAUAAUUUGUCACUAUGGGCCCGCGGGCAACAUCCUUGGUCAAGUUCCGUACAAAAGCAACGGGGCGGCACGACAUCUCCGCUGCGUGAAUCGCUCCUGUGAUAAUCCUUACGGAAGAUACUGUACAUGACGGAACACAGGGAAAUGAGAAUCGUUAAAUAUGCUUAGACUUUAGUUACAUAAAAAUAAUAGUUUAUAACUUUAUUUAACACAAC